AUGGCUUGGAGGACAAGUGCCUGGGCAGGACUCGUGCUGGAUGCUGCCUGGCCUCGUCGGUGCCCUGCAAACCUCAGCGCCGAACGGCAGCACGGCACGAACCCACCAGGGCCCGCAGGAGCCCACCACGCGCCCCACUCUGCUGGUCCCAACCCCAGCUCCCAGCAGGGAAGAGAUGGUGCCAGGGCGACCUGCCAGCAUCCUGCCGUGCAACAGGGAGGCCUCAUGGACAGAGAUCAAAGGCUGAAGAGACCCCUGACGGCGCCCAGCAGCAGGAGUGACGUGCCCGGGGUCACCCCGGGGCUCGGCCCCGCAGCGGCAGGGUGCCCGGCCCGGCAGCAUGGCGGGGGGCGAGUGGGACCCCCCCCGGGGCAGCAGGAAGGGCGAGGAGCCCCCACAUCCCACCAGCCGGUCCCCGUGCUGAUAGUUGGCGCGUGGAGGAUGGGGCCCUGGGCCGUCCCAUGGAUGAUGCUCUGGCUCUUCUGCCUCCUGCCCUCUGCCAGGGCCCAGACCAAGAUCCCACUGGAGACGGUGAAGUCUUGGGCAGAUGCCUUUGGUGGGGAGCUGUACUCCAUUGUGACUAAGUAUUCAGGCUCUCUCCUGUUGCAGAAGAAGUACAAAGAUGUGGAGCCAACUCUGAAGAUCAAAGAGGUGGAUGGCUUGGAGCUGGUGAAGAAGUUCUCGGAGCAGAUGGAAAGCAUGCUCCGCAGGAAGGUCGAAGCUGUUGAGAGGUUGGUGGAAGCAGCAGAAGAUGCAGAUCUGAACCACGAGUACAACUCCUCACUGGAGUUUGAUUACUACAACUCUCUCCUGAUUAAUGAGAAGGAUGAAAAUGACAAUUAUGUGGAGCUUGGAGAUGAAUUCAUUUUGGAGCCAAAUGAGCAUUUCAAUAACCUGCUGGUGAACACAACAUACAGCGAUAUCCAGCUCCCCACCAAUGUCUACAACAAAGACCCUGACAUCCUGAACGGUGUUUACAUGUCAGAAGCCUUGAAUCCUAUUUUUGUGGACAACUUUGAAAGGGAUCCCACGUUGACCUGGCAAUACUUUGGCAGCUCCACUGGAUUCUUCAGGCUCUACCCAGGAAUAAAGUGGUUACCAGAUGAGAAUGGAGUCAUCUCCUUCGACUGCAGGAAUCGUGGCUGGUACAUCCAAGCAGCCACCUCUCCCAAGGACAUUGUCAUCAUUGUGGAUGUCAGUGGGAGCAUGAAGGGCCUGCGGAUGACCAUUGCCAAACACACCAUCAUCACCAUUUUAGAUACUCUGGGAGAAAAUGACUUUGUCAACAUCAUUGCAUACAAUGAUUAUGUUCAUUUUAUCGAACCCUGUUUUAAGGGUAUCCUGGUCCAAGCAGACAGAGAUAACAGAGAGCAUUUCAAGCAGCUGGUGGACGAACUGCAGGCAAAAGGAGUGGGAACUGUGAACAAGGCCUUGACAGAGUCCUUCAAAAUCCUGAGGGAGGAUGUAUACCGCUUUGUUCCAGCCACUGCUCUGCUCUCGGCUGCUUGCAGGCUGCCUGCCUUCGCUGAAACACCACGCUCCCAACAGCCUUUCAGAGACGCCGGCCAAGGAGGCUUGUGUAACCAAGCUAUCAUGCUGAUCACAGACGGAGCAGUGGAGGAUUAUGAAGCUGUGUUUGAAAAAUACAACUGGCCAGAUCGGAAGGUCCGGGUUUUCACUUACCUCAUUGGACGGGAGGUCACUUUUGCCCCCAACGUGAAAUGGAUCGCCUGCAACAACAAAGGCUACUACACUCAGAUCUCCACGCUGGCAGAUGUCCAGGAGAACGUGAUGGAGUACCUGCAUGUGCUCAGCCGUCCCAUGGUCAUCAACCAUGACCAUGACAUUAUUUGGACUGAAGCCUACAUGGACAGUGCGCUGCCACAGUCUGAGGAGCUCUUUGCAUCUCAGGCUCAAAGUCUGUUGCUCAUGACAACAGUGGCUAUGCCAGUCUUCAGCAAAAAGAACGAGACGCGAUCUCAUGGCAUUCUCCUUGGUGUGGUGGGCUCUGAUGUACCACUGAGGGAGUUACUAAAACUUGCUCCACGGUACAAGCUGGGUGUCCAUGGAUAUGCUUUUCUGAACACCAACAACGGCUACAUCCUUUCACACCCAGACCUCCGUCCUUUGUAUAAAGAAGGAAAGAAACUGAAGCCUAAGCCAAACUACAACAGCGUAGAUCUCUCAGAAGUGGAAUGGGAAGACCAGGAUGAAAUACUGAGAACUGCCAUGAUAAAUGGGGAAACGGGCUACCUCUCUAUGGAUGUGAAGGUUCCUGUGGAUAAAGGGAAACGAGUUCUCUUCCUCACCAAUGAUUAUUUCUUCACGGACAUCAGUGGCACACCCUUCAGCCUGGGUGUUGUGCUGUCCAGGGGACACGGGGAGUACAUUCUGCUGGGGAACACUUCAGUGGAAGAAGGUUUGCACGACCUGCUCCAGCCAGACUUGUCUUUAGCAAAUGAAUGGAUUUACUGCAUCACUGACAUUGACCCGGACCACCGGAAGCUCAGCCAGCUGGAGGCUGUGAUCCGUUUUCUCACUGGAGAGGAACCUGACCUGGAAUGUGAUGAGGAGUUGGUCCAGGAAGUGCUGUUUGAUGCAGUGGUCACUGCACCCAUGGAAGCCUACUGGACAACACUAGCCCUCAAUAUGUCUAUGGAGACUGAGGCAGGUGUUGAGAUGGCGUUUCUGGGCACUCGGGCUGGACUCAUGAGGAGUGCCCUAUACGUGGGUUCUGAGAAAAUUUCCAACAGGAAAUUCCUGACACGGAAGGACAAGGAAAGUAUCUUCACCAUGGACCACUUCCCUCUGUGGUACCGUCGGGCAGCCGAGCAUCCCCCUGGGAGCUUCAUCUACAGCAUUGUCUCAGAAGAUGAUUCAGAGGGAGGUGGCCUACCAAAAGUGGUGACAGUGAGCACGGCUGUGGCUGUGUCUGUGGAUGGGAAGAUGGGUAUUGCUGCAGCGGUGGGUGUGCAAAUUAAGCUGGAGUUGCUCCAACAGAAGUUUUGGAUGGCCAUGCAACAGCCCAAUGACAGUGAUUGCAGUGCCUUGGAUGGUGCCUGUCCACUAAGCUGUCAGGAUGACAUUCUGAAUUGUUUCCUCAUUGAUAAUAAUGGCUUUAUACUCGUUUCCAAAAGACCUGCAGAGACUGGAAAAUUUUUUGGUGCAGUGGACGGCUCAGUAAUGACCCAGCUGCUGAACAUGGGCAUGUUCAGGCGGGUGACGAUGUAUGAUUACCAAGCAAUGUGCAAAGUACCCUACCACCACCACAGCGGUGCCCGGCCUCUGCUCAGCCCAAUUUAUGCCUUUCUAGCUGCAGUGAAAUGGCUGAUAAGUGAUUUCCUCAUCUUCCUUUUGGAGUUUAACAUGAGUAGCUUCUGGCACUCAGACAACUUGGCAGAUGCCAAGGCUGUCUUCCAUCACUCUCACAAGCACAAGAAGCACGACACCUUGCAGCCCUGCGACACCGAGUACCCCGUUUUCGUGUACGAGCCGGCCAUCAAGGAGACCAAUGGACUGAUCGAGUGCGGAGAUUGCCAAAAGAUGUUCGUGGCGCAGCAGAUCGCCAGCAGUAACCUCCUGCUCCUCGUCACGGAUGCUGCCUGUGACUGCAGUGUCUUCCCACCUGUCCUGCUGGAUGUGAAAGAGGUUAAAUAUAACGCUUCAGUGAAGUGUGAACGGAUGCGCUCCCAGAAGCUGAGGCGACGGCCAGACACGUGCCAUGCGUUUCACCCUGAGGAAAAUGCCCAAGACUGUGGUGGUGCUGCUGAAGUCUCCAUCUCGCCGAUGCUGCACUUCCUGCCCCUGGCGCUGCUCCUGCGGUGA